UUAGCUUCUUACAUUUCUAUGCGCAGAAAAAAAUUCUAAGUUUGAUUCAAUAACUCUUCUUGUUCGGUAAAGCUUUAGAGCCAUGACGAUCAUUUCUAUUUUUCAACGAUUUGCAUUUAUUAUUAUAAUAAUAUAUGGGACUGCAACUAGUGGAGCGUGCUACGACAAGGAUCUUGAGAGCAUUUUUCUGCGUAUUUAUAUCGGAAACACUUUACAUGAAUAUGUCGAUUACUCGCUGGAAAAUGCUAGCGCGAUUACAUCUCAAAUAAUAAAGAGCAAGCCUACAGUGAUGUAUAUUCAUGGCUUUAUGGAAAAUGUAGAAAAAGAGAGUGUACAACUGAUAGUGCAAGGUUACUUAAAGCGAAAUGAUCACAAUGUCAUGGCAGUGGAUUAUGGUACAUUGGCGAAUGAAUCGUACAUGAAACUGACAACUAACGCCGGUCGCAUUGGUGAUGCUCUCGCGACGGCUCUCGAUGACAUGAAGAGAUCGGGCUUCGAUACGGAGAAAUUGCACAUCGUCGCACACUCUAUGGGCAGCCAAAUCUCCGGCUACAUCGGCAGAAAAGUGAACUUUCAGAUUCCUAGAAUUACAGGUUUGGAUCCCGCCGGGCCCCUUUUCCAUUUUUUCUACCAUCAUCUUUCGUCCUCUGAUGCCCGUUUCGUAGAUCUAAUACAUACCGAUUAUGGCGGUUACGGUAUUACCAUGACGACAGGCACAGUGGAUUUCUUCCCGAACGGUGGAAAACGUAUACAGCCCGGCUGUCCACUCCAUCCUGCAUUCUACAGCAAAAACGAUUUUUGCAGCCAUCAUCGUUCCUGGAGAUUUUAUGCCGAGUCUCUGCUAAACGAAUCAGCUUUUCUAGGUGUAGAGUGCUCUUCAUUAUCACAUUUUAAAUCCGACGAAUGCAGAAAUAAUACACAGAUCAUCAUGGGAUACGCUACUCCGCCCAACGCGAAAGGAAUUGUCUAUCUUACAACGAACGAUCAUAGUCCUUUUGGAUUGAACAAAAAAGGACUUAUGGCAAGCUGACUGUGCUAUGUUGAACUGAAAUAGAAAAAAGAAACUGCAAGAUCUCUAGAAAAGAAAAAGGAAAAUUCUCGUAUUAUUAUAUGAAGGAAAAAAAAGCCACAAGCAAAAAAGAGUGUGUAUCGGCUUCUGCAAUGCGAAUACUGCAUCAUAUUAUCGUUAUAUAUUAAUGAACAAUCAAACGCAAUAUCUUACCUUAUAUCCCGUCACAACUGAAUAGUCUUCUAUAUUAUUUUGCAUGUUUCUUCUGUCUUCUCCGUCGCACGCAAUAAUGAUGUCUCGAUUAACUCAAUAUAUUUAGACGUAAUUUGCGAUUGUAUAUGUGCGUGUCACAUACACAUAUUAGAUUUGGUUCUUGAUAUUCUUAUAACUUAAAUUUGCAGUUAUUAAAAAUAAUGUAAAAGUAAUGAAUAAUUUCAAUUUUAAGAAGUUAUAUGUAAAUUAAAAAAUAUUCAAGCGCUAAGAUCCAAGACUCACGUGUAUCGAUCGCGCAACCAUGUAAGAAAGUAACAGACACGGCAAAUUUAUGCUAACGUAUAUUUUUAAAUGAGACAGAACUAUUGUAAUAACUAUUGUGACAUGCCUCUAAUAGCGUAUGCUACUCUUUGUAAAAUUGUAUGUAACAUUUCAUGAAAUGGUUAGCAAAACCAUUACUUAUGCAUGAUUUAUCUACAGUAGAGGACAAAGUAAAUGAGAGAGAAUAACCGUAGCAUAAAAUGGAGAAGAAAUGAAAACUGUAAUAUAAUAGCA